AUUACAAAACACAUUCAUUCCAAUCCCCAUAAGCCUCAUCUCUCAUCUCCCUUGUCUCGUAUUUUAUUCCUUAACGUUGUACAUUAACAGCUAGAAAUGUCAAUGUCACCGGAAAAUUCUUCCGACAAUUCCCCGAUAUUUUCGCCCGCUAUCGACAUGGACGGACCAGACGUACAAAUCAUUAGCUCCGAUGGUUCAUGCAUCCCUGCUCACGCUACCAUCUUGGCUGCAGCAUCGCCUGUAUUAGAAGGCAUUUUAGAUACUCCGAGGAAGCACCGGAGUUCUAAGAACAAGACUAUUCAGAUACUCGGCGUUCCAAACGACGCCGUUUCCGUGUUCGUUCACUUCCUCUAUUCAUCCACGUGCACAGAUGAGGAAAUGAAAAAGUAUGGGAUUCAUCUACUGGCACUGUCUCACGUGUAUUCAGUACCACAGCUGAAGCGAAGGUGCACAAGAGCAUUGGCUGAGGAAUUGACUAUUGAGAAUGUGGUGGAUGUGCUUCAGCUUGCUAAACUCUGUGAUGCACCAGGGCUUUAUCUUAAAUGUAUGAAGCUGAUUUAUAGUAAUUUUAAGGCGGUUGAGCAUACAGAAGGCUGGCAGUUUCUACAAAAUCAUGAUCCUCAUCUCGAGCUUGAUAUCUUGCAGUUCAUUGAUGAAGCGGAACUGAGAAAAAAGAGGACAAGAAGGCAUAAAGAGGAGCAGAGCUUGUACGUGCAGUUAAGCGAAGCCAUGGAUUGUCUGGAACAUAUCUGCACUGAAGGAUGUACUAGUGUCGGACCUUAUGACAAGGAACCAAGCAAAACUAAAAGUCCUUGCAGCAAGUUCUCAAUCUGCGAAGGCCUUCAACAGUCAAUCAAGCAUUACGCUACUUGUAAAAAGAGGGUCGAUGGAGGCUGCACGAGGUGUAAGAGAAUGCUGCAGCUACUCAAACUUCACUCCUCCAUUUGUGACCAAUCCGAUAACUGCAGAGUUCCCCUGUGCAGGCAAUUUAAACUGAAGAUGCGAUUAAGCAGAACAGGAAAUGAAUCUACAAGGUGGAAAUUAUUGGUUAGAAAAGUUGUAUCUGCUAAAGCCAUAUCUUACUUGUCUAUGCCUAAGCGAAAGAGAGAAGAUGAACCGAGAGUAAAUUCGGGCAUGAGAACCUUCAAGCUGUGAAGAAACCUCUGCCGAUGAGAUCAUGGGCGGAUCUAAAAUGCACAUCGUCUAAUUUUUUGGAAAACACUUUUAUAUUUUCAAAUUUCACAGUGAAAAAAUAUGAAGAAGUUAUGAAGACUGUCCGCGAGAUUGUGCCUAUUACUUGAUCCAUCCUGGACGGAAUUGUUGCAGAGAACUCAAUUUUUCUAUUUAUGAUAAAGAGAAAAAAUUGCUCCUUGUAUCAAAGUUUCAUUUUUUUUUAUCUCGGCUGGUAUGUAUUAUAGCUCUCAAGUCAUAGGUAAAAUAAUAUGAGCCUUGUAAUUCUUGUAAAAUACACCGUCCACUUCUUGUAAUUAUACAUGUAUUUUGUUAGUAAAAUAUAUUAUUUUAGGAUACA